CAAAUUCAAACCCGAGAAAAAUCAGAUCCGCUACUUGACCCGGUACCAGACCUCUACAUAGAGCAGACGCCAUUGGUCCCAACUCCCAAACGCCAAAAAAUUCAACUUUCUUCUCAACAGCAGCAGCGCCUGAACACUGAAUACUCAGCUCUAAAGCUUCGAUGUGGCCGAGUGCAGAAGGAGGGCCUCCAGAGGUCACUCUAGAAACUUCCAUGGGUUCUUUUACACUUGAGAUGUAUUACAAGCAUGCGCCAAGAACGUGCCGGAAUUUCAUAGAGCUUGCUCGAAGAGGGUACUAUGAUAAUGUCAAGUUUCAUAGAAUUAUCAAGGAUUUUAUUGUUCAAGGUGGAGAUCCAACUGGUACUGGAAGAGGUGGAGAAUCUAUUUACGGCGCGAAGUUUGAUGAUGAGAUAAACCAACAGUUAAAGCAUACAGGAGCAGGUAUCAUAUCCAUGGCUAAUGCUGGGCCGAAUACAAAUGGAAGUCAAUUCUUCAUCACCUUGGCACCUGCACAAUCACUUGAUGGGAAACAUACCAUUUUUGGAAGAGUUUGUCGGGGAAUGGAAAUUAUCAAGAGACUUGGCAGUGUUCAAACUGAUAAUACUGACAGACCAAUCCAUGAUGUGAGGAUACUGAGGACCACAGUCAAAGAUUAAUGUUCUGCAACUUCAAAGCAAUUGUUACCAUGCGCUAGAGGUGGUGUUCCAGCGUUGUCAAUUGUCAUCACAGCCAAGACACAUGCUACCUUCGGCUUUUGUUUCUGCUUUCGAAGUUAUAGAAAUUGAUCUAGUCCUGUAUGUUGUGGGGGUGUGGAUUUUAAUUUUCUGCAACUAAACCAAAAUGAUACUUGAGAAUUAAAAUUGCUUGAGUAGCCAAAGCAAAACAGUAGUGUUUCAUGGUUUGUAAUCCUACUCUUGUGAAAGAAAAAGCUCGUAAGGUUCCUCUUGCUAUUUUGGUAUCAUUGGGACCAUUUUUAACUAUCAUUUUGAUAUCAAGAAGACACUUCCGUUAA